ACGAAAAUGAAAGAAAUUUGUGGCGAGAUAAUUAAAGUGACGUCAUGAACACAUGUUAGCCACUAUAGUCUAUUCAUUUACAGCUGAUCUAAGGUAAUGAAUCAUGGAGAUAAUUAAUCGAUCAAUCGAAAUCGACCCUUAAGGAUGUAUCGCUAAGUACGAAUAGAGUUUUCUCAGUGAUGAAUUUCAUCAUGUCGGCAUAAAAAGUAUUCAGCAUUACUCUGAAUUGAAGAUUUUUCGUAGGAUUUUCAGAUUCUUGCUUUGCAUCGCAUUUUGUAUACGAGUGCAACUCGGAUAACAUCUAUUUCUAUCAGAGUUUCUUUUGAAACACGAAAUAAUAACGUGUAGUUUUGAGCACAAUUUUAACAAUUAAAAACAAUAUGGUAAUUCUUGAUUCAUAUAUAUUCUCAUGCAUAGAUAGGCUUAUGAGGAUAUGAGACAUUGACACCAUUAUGAAAUGAAUUUCUCGAUGUAUGAAGACCAUUCUAUUUUGAUUGUAGAAAAGAGGAAAAUAGGUGAGUUCAAUAUGCUUGAAUGAAAAUGCUAUGAAUAGUAAUUGAUAUGUUACAUGGAAAAAAUUACUAAGAACAAACACCUUUUGAUUUUUCAAAAUGAAUAAUUAGAUAAUUUGCUAGUCUUUUUUUGUUUUUUUCUCUUUUGAUAAAAAAUGCUUCCUAAUUAAUAGCGUUUUAGUGCAUGAGCGCACUUGGGAAAAAAGCUUUCGAAAGAAAAAAGCAGAUCGAUAAAGAAUGCUUUAAUUGUAUGAAUUAUCAUUUACUAAAAUCUUGAUUUUUUUCUACAUGCUUUUUCAUGUUAUCUUUUCUAAACGAAAUAUUAAUCAAUAGCAAAGACUACGAAAAGCAUACUGCUCUAUUAGUUUGUUUUUGAAUGAUGGAUGCUUCGUUGUGUAUUGAACAAAUUUUCUAUUGUUUUUAGAUGAAUUAUUUUGUAGAUAUUGGCGAAGUCUAUUAAAUAUAAAUAUGGAAAUAAUCAACGAAACAAUAGCGAGUCAUUUAAUUGACGAACAGGAUUUUUCCCUGUAUGCUGGUCGAGUUCUACUUGUAUUUUACUGUCUUAUUUUUAUUUUUGGUUUGAUCGGUAAUUCAAUGGUAAUUGAUGUUGCUAUUCGGAAGAAAAAUUAUCGAAAUGUAACGAAUUGUUACGUUAUUAAUUUGGCAAUAGCUGAUCUUUUAUUUUUAACACUUUCAAUUCCAUAUACCACAUAUUUAGGUGUGCAAAAUACAUAUCCAUUCGGUGAUACUAUCUGCAAAAUACACACAUACCUUGCUUAUGGAUUUCUACAAGCUACCUGUAAUAUACUAGCUGUAAUGAGCAUUGAUCGAUUUCUAUAUAUUGUAAGACCAAAAUCCAAACUUGGGUGGCGUACACCGCGCAAUGCGUUUAUAAUAUGUAUUUUCAUCUGGGCUUUUUCUUUAAUUCUAAUUAUUCCUUAUCAUACCGUAUCACGUGUAUUAACACCAGAUUAUACUGAUUGUGGACUGAAUGAACAUCAAAAUUUGGUUGUUUGCUUUUUCCCAUUCUGUUCUUAUUAUGCUAUUCCACUUCUUGUGAUUAUUGUGUGUUAUACGAAUUUGGCACUGCAUGUAAUCAGAACAAGUCGCAAAAUGGCUGGUCACGUGAAUACUAAAAGUUUUCAUCAAACAACACAAUUGAAACAGCGACGAGUAACACGAAUGGUUAUUGUUGUAACAUUAGCAUUUGCUGUUUGUUGGUUACCAAUUCAUAUUCUUGAAUUAACAAAAUGUGGUAACUCAUCAUACCUCAAUUAUCUUAUUGACUUUUAUCCAAAAUCUCUUUAUUCAAUACGCGCAUUUACACAUGCAUUGGCUUACUUUAAUUCAUGUUUAAACCCUUAUUUAUAUGCUAUAUUAAAUCGUAAUUUUUGUAUUGAUUUUGUCGAUAUGGCACCAUCAUGGAUGUCCUGUUGUAAAAAGGUCGAAACAAAUGAAUCUGAAAAUUUUUCUCUAAGUACAAAAUAUUUAACAACAGCACCAAAUCAAAGUAUUAUUUUAAAACACAAUCACGAGCAUGAUGAAGAUAAAAUCGAUGAUCAUGAAUCUAAACUAAUAACAAAUGAUGCCAGCUGUCAAGUUGAAUUACUUAGAAAAAAAGUUAAUAUAAUACAAUCAAAAUAA